UUGAUAACAAGCAUCUCUCUUCCUUUCCUUGUUAUGCCAAAACCUCCACUAAGCUCUCAAAAGCCUCCUCUAAUCCUCCCUUCCCUUAAACAGCAAAAAGAAAAGCAUAUCCAACACCCAAAGAGCAAAGAGAACAGCAGCAGUAGUAGUCAAGAAGAACCAGCUAACCAAGCCACCCGAAGAUAAGCCCCCCACACAUAUAUCCAUGGAGGAUCUGUACGGAGCGGCAGCGGCUACUGAGCCGGAAGAAAUCUCGACUUUCCUUCAUCAACUCCUCCACAACAACUCUUCUUCCCCUUCUAAAUUCAUGCAUCAUGCCCUCUCUACCCCAGUGGAGAAUGGCGUGGAAUUGUUAGAUCGCCACCGGUUUUCUGAGACGGAGUGUGGUGCUGGUGUUAAUUUCUCUGAUCCUGAUGGUUAUUAUGCUGAAGAAGGCGUGAGAAAUGCGGUUGCUUCAAAGAGGGGAGGAGUCUCUGUGGAGGAUGAUCUAGGUGAUUUUAGCUGCGAUAGUGAGAAGGGGGUGGAGGUGCAAGCUAAUACAGCGCGGCCGCGAAGUUCGUCGAAGAGGAGUAGAGCUGCGGAGGUUCAUAAUUUAUCUGAAAAGAGGAGGAGGAGUAGGAUCAAUGAGAAAAUGAAAGCAUUACAGAAUUUAAUUCCUAAUUCUAAUAAGACGGAUAAGGCUUCGAUGCUGGAUGAGGCCAUUGAAUACUUGAAGCAGCUUCAGCUUCAAGUGCAGAUGCUAACAAUGAGAAAUGGAUUGAGUUUGCACCCGAUGUGCUUACCAGGAGCACUACAGCCAAUGCAGCUGCCCUUGUCAGGAAUGAGCUUUGAUGAAGGGAUUGGAUUGUUAACUACCAACACAUUAACAGGCAUAUUUUCUGCAAAUGAAGAAAGCUCAGAGCAAAAUUCUCUUAGUCUUCCAACCCAGUGCACUAUCUCAAAUCAACCAAUCACUAUUCCUUCAGGGACAAAUAUUACCUCAUCAGAAACCAACUUCGGUUUUGAACCACAGAUCCAUGUUAACCAUGCACCCUUCAAUCUGUCCACGUCUUCAAAGGAAAUCUGCAGGGAAGGCACACCACAGGCAAAGCUAGAGAUGAAUCAAACUACGAAGACCUCCCCAUCUGGUGUGGCCUAGUUAUGAUCUUACUCUUCAGAUACAUGAACAAUGAAAUUGCCACCAAUAACAGUUUCCAUUUGUUCAAAUACCAUAUGAGCUGCAAUGGUCCUCAAAACAACUGACAUUUCACUCUUCACCGGGUCAUUUAUUUUGUGAUUUAUAACAGCUUAAUACAACUGUAAGAACCGGGCUCUUAGCGUCCUUUAACUUCACUGGAAAUGCUUGUCUGAAAUCUUAUUUAGGAAACCAAGAUGUCUCUGUCAGACUGGAUGAAUGUUUCUAUUGCUACUCCGUUUGAAAUCUGUAUUUGAAAGAAGGAAAUGAAGUUGUAGGAUGUUUUGUAA